UCGAGAUCGGUUAAAGUUAGCCUUUCUUCAGAGAGCCUUUUCUUCAGUUAAUCUUUCCUGACUGAGUCAUUUUGGACAGCCAGUGAGCCAGAGAGGAGAGCUAGUGUAUUGUGAAACAGUGUGUUGUCGCGGAAAGUGUGCGGACAUCGAUAAGUUACCAAGAUCUUUGACGAUAACUGGCUCUUCGCUUGAAAGACGGAUCUAUACUGCAAUUGAAGGCGAUCGUCAUGGAUCCUCUCUUGGGAAAUCUCCAGAAACAAGUUACUUGUUCGAUUUGUCUCGAUACCUACACCGAGCCCAAAACUAUAUCAUGUCUUCACACGUUUUGCUGUAAGUGUUUAGAGAGACAUGCAACAGUAAGCCAGAAACAAGGAAAAUAUCGAUGCCCCGAGUGUCAAGCAAAAAUCGAAUUACCAGAAGGAAAUCGCUUCGACCGUUUGCCCACCAGCUUUUUUCAUUUAAGUCUGUUAGAUGUCUUCGAAACAGGAGAUCGCGAAGCCGUUCAGAGGCUGCAACAAGAGAUUUGCUCGCAACAUAAGGAGGAAAGAGUUCGAUAUUACUGCUUCUCGUGUAAGGCGUCUAUUUGUCCUGUUUGCUUCGCUGAAGAACACCGAGGCCAUGAGUUCGACGUGUUUGAAAAGGUAGAAGAAGAGAAUAAGAAAUACGUCAUGUCGAACGUUCAGACCAUGAAGGCAGAGGCAAACUUAUGUAAGGCAGAGAUUGGACAAUUUGAAAAAACAUUUCAAGAUGUGGAAACAGCCAUCGCAAUUGCUAAACAAGAAGUGUCGGAGGCAGCUGAACAAGUGAUCACAAAGGUGAGAGAGCAAGAAAAACAACUCAUGGAGUCCCUGGAAAUGACGCGUACAAAGAAAACCGAGCGAAUUAACUUGGCCAAAAAAGAAGUGGAAACUCUGAUGAAACAGAUGAUCCAAGCAGCUGAGUUUGGGGAGACUCUGGUGCAGGGAAGCUCAACUGCGGAUAUCAUUCAGAACAAAGAGGCUUUGAGACAGAAAUUCGAAGAGCUUCGUGGAGUUGAAGUUCCAAAACAGCGCCAGACUACAUUUAUCAAAUUUACGGCGGCAUCGCAACACAACUUUAACCUGGGUUCUAUUCAAGUCUCCGAGAACCUGACAAACGCAGCGCCAACUCUGGAAGGACUGGAUCAAGCUUUCCAGGCUGAUGUACAAAAGGAGUUAACGUUGUGCCCAAAACCGUCUGGAGGAGAGAUGAAUGUCCAGGCUGUUCUCAAAGAUCAAGUCAAAGUGCUGAUGAAUCCCGCCAAAAAUGCAACAAACGUGAUUGAUGACGAGAAAGGAAAUGGCAAUCUUAACAUGAUGUUAACACAAAAGGUAUCUGGGGCCUGCAAUACUGAAGUUAACAUGGAUGGUGAUAAACUACCUACCUGUCCCAUGACUGUGCCGGUAAAAAAACGCGAACUCGUUGUGGUCGGUGAGUUGAAGUUGAAGCCCUUUCCAGGAAGCAAACUUGGAGGAAUAUGUGGAAUUGCUGUGAAUACAAAAGGCGAGAUAGUUGUGACAGAUAACUAUGGCCACUGUGUCCAUGUCUUUGACAAAAAUGGCAACUGUUUGAGAAAAAUCGGAAGUAGGGGUAAUCAUAAAGAACAAUUUCAGUACCCAGUAGGCAUUUCGUUUAUAAGUGACAGCGAGGUCCUAGUUGCAGAUCAAGGCAAUAAGAGAAUACAACGACUAAAUAUUCAGACAGGAACUUUCAUGACAUGUUUUGGAAAAGACGGAAGAGGAAAAGGAGGAGAGUUCGAUAAUCCAGCAGAUGUUGCUGUGGAUGAUGAAGGGCGCAUUGUUGUAACCGAGUGGGGCAAUGAUAGGAUACAGGCUAUGUCAAAGGAGGGAGAGUCUAUUUUAAAAUUUGGCUCAAAGAAAUUAGAUGGUCCUACUUGCUGCCUUCCAUACAAAGACAUGUUUUUCGUAUCUGAUGGAGGCAGUCAUUGUGUAAAAGUUUUUAAUCAGACAGGAAAAUUCUUAUACAAAAUCGGCAAACGAGGAAAACAAGAUGGACACUUCCGCAUGCCAUAUGGUUUGCUUGUGGACAGCUCCGAGAAUCUUCUUGUAUGCGACUAUGAUAACGAUCGAGUUCAGCAGUUUUCAUUGGACGGUCACUUCCUAAGCAAGAGUGCCACUCGCUUAUCAACACCUAUUGCGAUAACAACUACACCAGAUGGGAUGAUUCUUGUGACUAGUGAUUCGAAGAAAGUGUACAUUAUAAAAGAGAACUUUGCUUGAGCCACUUUUCAUUUGUGUUUAUCGGUUUGAUGAACUGACUUUAAAACAUUGGAAAAUUUUCGAUAUUUAAAAUAGAAGAGUUCUUUGAUAGAGGGACUUGUUCUUAGAAUAAUUAAGAUAAACGUGACGAGGAAGUUUGAAGCUCAUAACAGAUGUAUCAUGUUUGUAUACAAUUAUCGAGGCUGUCGUUAGCAAACUUCACUCGUAUUCAAGCUACGAGGUCAGUUGCCAGAGAAACGAAUUUAGAGUCAGUUACCUCUGUUUACAAGUCUCGUGUUCUUAUCUUGUUUUAUGCUCUAUUACAUUUGUAAGCCUUCAACGAUUCAUUAAAGUAGUUUUGAUCGAUACGGCACCGAACUGA